AUGGUGCCCCAACAAGUGUCGGAUGUGAGGUCCCUGUCACCAACGUCGAGUGGAGUACCCGUGUUCGGGUCCCAGCUCGUCGAUAAAAAUUCAUCAACCCCUUACACGGAUGCCACACAGUAA